AUGUGGGUGCUGCAGAGGAGUGUAUCAGACAGUGUGGGUGCUGCUGGCGGUGUAUCAGACAGUGUGUGUGCUGCAGGCGGUGUUUUAGACAGUGUGUGUGCUGCAGGCGGUGUUUUAGACAGUGUGGGUGCUGCAGAGGGUGUAUCAGACAGUGUGGGAGCUGCAGGCGGUGUAUCAGACAGUGUGGGUUCUGCGGUCGGUGUAUUCGUCAGUUCGGGUCCUGCAGGCGGUGUAUCAGACAGUGUGUGUGCUGCAGGCAGUGUUUUAGACAGUGUGGGUGCUGCAGAGUGUGUAUCUGACAGUGUGGGUGCUGCAGGUGGUGUAUCAGACAGUGUGUGUGCUGCAGGCGGUGUUUUAGACAGUGUGGGUGCUGCAGGCGGUGUAUCAGACAGUGUGUGUGCUGCAGGCGGUGUUUUAGACAGUGUGGGUGCUGCAGAGGGUGUAUCAGACAGUGCGUGUGUUUUAGACAGUGUGGGUGCUGCAGAGGGUGUAUCAGACAGUGUGGGUUCUGCGGUAGGCGGUGUAUCAGACAGUGUGGGUGCUGCAGGCGGUGUAUCAGACAGUGUGUGUGCUGCAGGCAGUGUAUCAGACAGUGUGGGUGCUGCAGGGGGUGUAUCAGACAGUGAGGGUGCUGCAGGCGGUGUAUCAGACAGUGCGGGUUUUACGGUCGGUGUAUUCGUCAAUUCGGGUGCUGCAGGCAGUGUAUCAGACAGUGUGGGUGCUGUAGGCGGUGUAUCAGACAGUGUGUGUGCUGCAGGCGGUGUAUCAGACAGUGUGUGUGCUGCAGGCGGUGGAUCAGACAGUGUGGGUGCUGCAGGGGGUGUAUCAAACAGCGGUGUAUUAGAUAGUGAGGGUGCUGCAGGCGGUGUAUCAGACAGUGCGGGUUUUGUACGCGGUGUAUCAGACAGUGCGGCUGCGGGUUCUGCAGGCGGUGGUUUAGACAGUGUGGGUGCUGCAGAGGGUUUAUCAGACAGUGUGGGUGCUGCAGGCGGUGUAUCAGACAGUGUGGGUUCUGCGGUCGGUGUAUUCGUCAGUUCGGGUGCUGCAGGCGGUGUUGUAUCAGAUAGUGUGGGUGCUGCAAGCGGUGUUUUAGACAGUGUGGGUGCUGCAGAGGGUGUAUUAGACAGUGUGGGUGCUGCAGGCGGUGUAACAGACAGUGUGUGUGCUGCAGGCGGUGUAUCACACAGUGUGUGUGCUGCAGUCGGUGUAUCAGACAGUGUGGGUUCUGCGGUCGGUGUAUUCGUAAGUUCGGGUGCUGCAGGCGGUGUUUCAGACAGUGUGUGUGCUGCAGGCGGUGUUUUAGACAGUGUGGGUGCUGCAGAGGGUGUAUCAGACAGUGUGGGUGCUGCAGGCGGUGUAUCAGACAGUAUGUGUGCUGCAGGCGGUGUUUUAGACAGUGUGGGUGUAUCAGACAGUGUGGGUUCUGCGGUAGGCGGUGUAUCAGACAGUGUGGGUGCUGCAGGCGGUGUAUCAGACAGUGUGUGUGCUGCAGGCAGUGUAUCAGACAGUGUGGGUGCUGCAGGGGGUGUAUCAGACAGUGUGGGUGCUGCAGGCGGUGUAUCAGACAGUGUGGGUGCUGCAGGCGGUGUAUCAGACAGUGUGGGUGCUACAGGGGGUGUAUCAGACAGUGAGGGUGCUGCAGGCGGUGUAUCAGACAGUGCGGGUUUUACGGUCGGUGUAUUCGUCAAUUCGGGUGCUGCAGGCGGUGUAUCAGACAGUAUGGGUGCUGUAGGCGGUGUAUCAGACAGUGUUUGUGCUGCAGGCGGUGUAUCAGACAGUGUGUGUGCUGCAGGCGGUGGAUCAGACAGUGCGGGUUUUACGGUCGGUGUAUUCGUCAAUUCGGGUGCUGCAGGCGGUGUAUCAGACAGUGUGGGUGCUGUAGGCGGUGUAUCAGACAGCGGUGUAUCAGACAAUGUGGGUGCUGUAGGCGGUGUAUCAGACAGUGUGUGUGCUGCAGGCGGUGUAUCAGACAGUGUGUGUGCUGCAGACGGUGGAUCAGACAGUGUGGGUGCUGCAGGGGGUGUAUCAAACAGCAGUGUAUUAGAUAGUGAGGGUGCUGCAGGCGGUGUAUCAGACAGUGCGGGUUUUGUACGCGGUGUAUCAGACAGUGCGGCUGCGGGUUCUGCAGGCGGUGGUUUAGACAGUGUGGGUGCUGCAGAGGGUUUAUCAGACAGUACAAUGUGGGUGCUGCAGAGGGUGUAUCAAGACAGUGUGGGUGCUGCUGGCGGUGUAUCAGACAGUGUGUGUGCUGCAGGCGGUGUUUUAGACAGUGUGUGUGCUGCAGGCGGUGUUUUAGACAGUGUGGGUGCUGCUGCAGAGGGUGUAUCAGACAGUUUGGGAGCUGCAGGCGGUGUAUCAGACAGUGUGGGUUCUGCGGUCGGUGUAUAUUCGCGGUGUAUCAUACAGUGUGGGUUCUGCGGUCGGCGUAUUCGUCAGUUCGGGUACUGCAGGCGGUGUAUCAGACAGUGUGGGUGCUGCAGGGGGUGUAUUAGGACAGUGUGGGUGCUGCAGGCGGUGUAUCAGACAGUGUGGGUGCUACAGGCGGUGUAUCAGACAGUGAGGGUGCUGCAGGCGGGUGUAUCCAGACAGUGCGGGUUCUGCGUUCGGUGCGGUGUAUCAGACAGUGUGGGUGCUGGCAGGGGUGUAUCAGACAGUGCGAUUGCUGCAGGCGGUUGUAUCAGGACAGUGAGGUUGCUGCAGGCUGUGUAUGGAGACAGUGUGGGUGCUGCAGGCGGUGUAUUAGAUAGUGAGGAUGCUGCAGGCAGUGUAUCAAACAGUGUGGGUUUUGUACGCGGUGUAUCAGACAGUGCGGCUGCGGGUUCUGCAGGCGGUGUAUUAGAUAGUGAGGGUGCUGCAGGCGGUGUAUCAGACAGUGCGGGUUCUGGCGGUCGGUGUAUUCGCGGUGUAUCAGACAGUGCGGGUUCUGCGGUCGGUGUAUCUCGUCAAAUUCGGGUGCUGCAGGCGGUGGUAUCAGACAGUGUGGGUGCUGCAGGCGGUGUAUUAGACAGUGAGGAUGCUGCAAGCAGUGUAUCAGACAGCGGUGUAUCAGACAGUGUGGGUGCUACAGGCGGUGUAUCAGACAGUGAGGGUGCUGCAGGCGGUGUAUCAGACAGUGCGGGUUCUGCGGUCGGUGUAUUCGUCAAUUCGGGUGCUGCAGGCGGUGUAUCAGACAGUGUGGGUGCUGCAGGCGGUGUAUCAGACAGUGUGUGUGCUGCAGGCGGUGUAUCAGACAGUGUGGGUGCUGCAGGGGUGUAUCAGACAGUGCGAUUGCUGCAGGCGGUGUAA